GUCUCGUUGCCGUCUUAGCGGACCCUUAUGAUAUUAGAACAUGGAAUGUUUGUGGUUUACCAAGGGAUAUGGUGUCAACCGAAAAUGCUAUAAUAGUAACUCAGACGAGCCGAUGGCCUCUUAUGAUAGAUCCUCAAGAGCAAGCCAACAGGUGGAUCCGGCAGCUGGAAGCGAAAAACAAUUUAAAAAUAAUUAAAUUGACUAACUCAAAUUUCAUGAGAAUACUGGAAAAUGCUAUAAGGUUGGGUGAAGCUGUGUUGCUUGAAGAAGUGUAUGAAGCCCUCGAUCCAACUUUGGGACCUAUAUUGUUAAAGCAAACUUUUGUACAGAGCGGAAGGAGUUUAAUCCAUCUAGGAGAUUCCGAUAUAGAGUAUGAUUCUAAUUUUAAGCUCUACAUAACCACAAAAUUACCAAAUCCGCAUUAUCUUCCAGAAGUAUGUAUUCGAGUUACUAUAGUUAAUUUUACAGUUACACGAUCUGGAUUAGAGGAUCAGCUUUUGGCCGAUGUGGUUCGAUUAGAACGCCCCGAAUUAGAAGAUUUAAGAAACGAACUUAUUCUUAGAAUCAAUAAUGACAAAGCACAAUUAAAGGAAAUAGAAGAUAGAAUUUUAUACCUCUUAUAUCAUUCUGAAGGAAAUAUACUAGAUGAUGAGGAACUUAUUGAAAUUCUAAAUGAGAGCAAGGAAACGUCAGCUAUUAUAGAAGCUAGAUUAACCGAAACAGAAACAACGGAAGAAAAAAUAUCCAUUACUCGCGAGAAGUACAGAUCAGUAGCGAGUAGAGGUUCUGUGCUUUACUUUGUUGUGGCACAGUUAGCUGAGAUAGAUCCUAUGUAUCAGUAUUCCCUUAAAUACUUCUCACAGGUAUUUAACAACGUUAUAUUAACAUCACUACAAGAUUCCGUAUUAGAGAAACGACUAUAUAUUCUCCAACAAAAUGCCACGUUGACUGUAUAUACGAUGAUUUCGAGAGGACUAUUUGAAAGACAUAAAUUGGUAUUUAGUUUUAUGCUUUGCAUAGCUAUAUUGCAACAAGAAAAUAUUAUCGCUGAUGUUCAGCUGAGCUUUUUACUUCGUGGGCCAAUAGGUGUUAAAGACAUAUCUAAAAAACCAGACAUACCAACAAUUACCGAACCCAUGUGGCAAGCUGCAAAUUAUUUGGCAAACAAUUAUGUUAAAUUUGUUGAGCUUCCCCUGGAAAUAACAAAAUCUAUAACAGUUGCAGUAGGAAAUUAUUCUGUGGUGGUUAAAAAAGUUACGAAUGCACUGAACAGUACAGUGGAUUGGAAUACCCUUUUAACAGAUUUUGAAAAGUUGCUUCUGAUAAAGGUUCUUCAGGAAGAAAAAUUAAUAUUUUGUAUAACUGAGUAUGUGAAAGUUAACCUAGGACAACCAUUCAUAGAGAGUCCGCAAGUAACACUAAAUCUUUUGUAUCAAGAUAUAUCAAAUACUGUCCCGUUAAUAUUCGUUCUUAGUACUGGAUCUGAUCCUUUUGGUAUGUUUCAAAGAUUUGCUGCUGAAAUGGGGUAUCAGAAUCAGUUUAAGUCGAUUUCUUUAGGCCAAGGACAAGGACCAGUAGCAGAAAAACUGAUACUUGAAGCAACGGAUACGGGAAAUUGGAUAUUUUUACAAGUGGCAUUAGACACCAAGCCUACUUCUAGUUUGACGCCUAUUCUAUCAGCUAAAUCUAACUGA